AUGCUCCCUACCCGAGUCUGCAGGCGAACAUCGGAUGCUCCCUACCCGAGUCCGCAGGCGAACAUCGGAUGCUCCCUACCCGAAAUCCGCCAGGGCGAACGCCGGAUGCUCCCUACCCGAACCCGCAGGCUAACGUCGGAUGCUCCCUACCCGAGUCCGCAGGCGGGUCGGAUGCUCCCUACCCGAGUCCGCAGGCGAACGUCGGAUGCUCCCUACCCGAGUCCGCAGGUGAACAUCGGAUGCUCCCUACCUGAGUUUGCAAGCAAAUAUCAGACACUCCCUAUCCAAGUCUGCAGGCGAAUAUCAGAUGCUCUCUACCCAAGACCACAGUUCUUUUUAGAUCCUCUUUCUCUACUUCAUUCGCUUUCACUUGUUUCUCUCAUUUAUUCUAAAUUAUUCUACUCUUUUCCUAUUUUCUCCCUUUCACUAUCUCAUACUCUUUUCAUCUUUUUUUCUCCACCUUCCUCUACUGUGUACUUUCUUUCUUUACCUUAUACUGUUUUUCUCCACCUUUCUCUACCUCAUACUCUUUUUUUCUCCACCUUUCUCUACCUCAUACUCUUUUUUUUCUCCACCUUUCUCUACCUCAUACUCUUUUUUUCUCCACCUUUCUCUUCCUCCUUACUCUUUUUUUUCUCCACCUUUCUCUACCUCAUACUCUUUUUUUUCUCCACCUUUCUCUACCUCAUACUCUUUUUUUCUCCACCUUUCUCUUCCUCAUACUCUUUUUUUUCUCCACCUUUCUCUACCUCAUACUCUUUUUUUUCUCCACCUUUCUCUACCUCAUACUCUUUUUUUCUCCACCUUUCUCUACCUCAUACUCUUUCCCCCAUUUCACUACCCUAUACUGUUUUUCUUGCCUCUUCUUUAUCCCAUACUCUUUUUCAAAAUAAUCAGCUUAGUAUUUUUCUAUUGGCUAUUUAA